UCUACUCACUGGGUGUCACUCUUUACUUUCUUGCUAAACACUGCAACUAGCACGAAUAUUUACGGGUAUGAUUAUAUUAACUGUAAUUCUGCACAUGCAAAGGCUCCACUAAUACUGAACACUAGACCAAUAGAUAGACUGUGUUCUGUAGCCAAGUCCCAGCCCUAUGAUCCACUCAGCUGCACAUCUGGGAAACAGCUUGUUCAGGCUUCCAAGAGGUGAGGCCGCUGUCAGCAUCCUGCUGCAUACCGCUGUUUUGGAAUCUCUGAAAGGGGAGGGUCGUAACCCCUCGUGGCAAGAGAACUGUAGUCAAGAUGAAUUACUAUUUAUCAAUAUAUUAUCUGCUUCAAUUCUGUGGUCAUUCAUGGAUCUUUACGAAUAUGACAGCAAGGUUCCUCUUCUUUGGACAAGAUUCUUUUGCUGAUACUUUCUAUACAAUUGGGCUGGUGAUGCAGGUGUGCCAGUUACUAUCUGUAGUGGAGGUGCUGCAUGUUGUUUUAGGUACUGAGCAACAUCUUCUCUUGCCACGAUUUUUACAGAUAGGAGAGAGACUUGUCAUUCUAUUUGUUGUCAUUGCCAGUCAAGAGGAAGUGCAAAGUAAACGUAUUGUAUGUGCUCUCUUCUUCUUGUGGAACUUGUGGGAUGUUAUAAGAUACUCAUACAACAUGUUGUGCGUACUAGGGAUAGAAUAUGCAGCUGUAACAUGGCUCUACCAUACCUGGUGGAUUCCAACAUAUCCCUUAUCAGUCCUGGCUGAAGCAUAUACAUUGUAUGUGUCACUUCCUUAUUUUGAAUCUCUUGGUACCUAUUCCUUCAAGAUGUCAUUGCCAAUUGCUGGAUCAAUCUACUUCCCAUAUAUUUUAAAAAUAUAUCUGAUCAUUCUCUUUGUCGCUAUGCUGUAUAUCUCCAGCCAUCUAUAUUCUGAAAGAAAACUAUAUCUUCGAACAAGGAAAUUCAAGAAAAAAGUGAACUAAAAUGUCACAGACUCCCAAAAAAGGAAGUCGACUGGGAUCAAGGAUCUUGCACCUAUUAUGAGCAGGAAGCAUUUGACACACAUAGUCGUAAAAAGAUCAUUUAUAUGCUGCACUUUUUUAUAGUCAUGUAUAGUAACUUAAUGACUAUUACAAGGAAUGGAUCUGAUACAGGUAUUACAAAGGCUUUUACCUUUCUUGGUGAAAGUUUGAAUGGUACUAAAGUAUACAACUGCAACGAGAGUCAUUAAUUAGCAUUGUGAUUAGAUCAAGAAAUCCUCUUCCAAGUUCAGUGAUUACUCAAUUGGUAAAGCAAGAAAUAUGGAAACUCAACUCUGGCUGAGCAAAUGUGGGUCUCUUGCAAUCCAGAUGAAUAUAUAAUAACAAUUGACGUUACCAAAUCCUUUUGUGAGCCUUUGGUGCUUGAAGAAUUCCUGGUAUAAUGUCCUGACUGCAGUAAUUGUGCACAAAUACUGUAUUACCAGUAUCAGUUUCUAUAUUUUUUGUCAGACACAUGAUGGAAUAAACACAUUUACAAUGUGUUUAACUUUUGGAUUGUAAAGUAAAUUGUUGUCUUGACAACUGGAGAAAA